GAACCUUGUGUUCCCUAUAUACAGGAAGGGUGGAGCUUCUAUAUUCUCCAGAACGUCCAUGAAGCUCCAGUCAGAGGGUGAGUCCGUCUCGUCCAAGCUUCUUCUUCCAGGGCCCACCACGGCCCCGCGAUCCAGCAACCCACCCCAUAACCCAACACCCCCUUCAGCUCCAACAGAAAUCCACCAAAGCAGGACCUGAGACCUUCGGCAGUUCUAGUCUAGGGUCCUCACUGGGUUACAAGGACGAGCAUGGCCGACAAACUGGGACUGGCAGGUGUGGCGGACGAGCCCAGCACACUGAACAUCUUCACUUUGUUGGAGAGGGUGUCUGGGAUCAUAGACAAUGUGCAGGCGUGCCAGCAACGCAUGGAGGAGAGGCAGCUGGAGCUGGAGAACACCGUGAAGACCAUCCAAGCGGACGUGGUGAAGUUGACGAAGGAGCACACGGUGACGAGUAGCACCGUUGAGAAACUUCUGGAGAAAACGCGCAAGGUCAGCUGCCACGUCAAGGACGUCCGUGUGCGGGUGGAGAAGCAGAACAUACGUGUCAAGAAAGUGGAAGAAACCCAAGUCGAGCUGCUGAACAAGAACAAGUUCCGUGUCGUCAUCUACCAGGGAGAUAAUGAAGUUCCAGCUGUAGCUGCUUCCAAAACAUCUCUGAAGGGAGCGACCGGUGGUGAUGCUUCUUUAGACCCAGAUGCCCCGGAGGCCCCGCUUCCAGACUCGGAUGAGGAGUACAUGGUCGUUGAGGAGGCAGAUUCAUCUACUGCUGCCAAACUAAAGAAGACCGGCCUGAAGCGCAUCGAAAGCCUGAAGCAGACCUUCUCCCGUGAGAACAUGACUAAGACCAAAGAGAAUCUGGGCACCAAGGUCAACAAGCUGGGUGAGCGCAUAGUAACGGCCGAACGACGUGAGAAAAUCCGCCAAUCUGGGGAGCGUCUGAAACAGUCUGGCGAGCGCUUCAAAGAAACCAUCACGAAAACCGUGCCAGCAAAACUCAACCUGAAGAAGGAAAGGACGGUGGCUGAAGGUCAGGAAGGAGCAGAAGGGACCACUGAAGGAUCGGCACCCGUCCCACCACCGAAGGGCCGCAAGUCCAGCCCUGGUGUGGCCUACACGGAGCCAACGGAGAAACAAGAAGGUCCAGACGAGGGCAAGGGCGAGGAAUCAGAAGUGCCGAUGUAUGACAUGAAGCAGCUUUCUUAAGCAGCAAGUCUUGACAGUCACUUUUGGGAAAGACUCGUGUACAGAUAUGAUUUCGAUUAUGGAGAACUUGAAGGUGGAAAGAUUGGGAAGAUGAGAGAUCUCUCUUCUAAGUGUGUGGAUAAGUGGAUGGUUCUAACGACAACUGAAUGAACGAAUUAAGGAAGUUGUACAUUACAAACAAUAUCCAUAGUUUCUUUUUUUUCUUGUUUACAUCUGUUAUGGACUAUGAAGGGUUAUAAAUGUUAAACUAAUGUACUGAAAUGACUAGGCUAUGGUUUCUAAUUUUAAAUUCAACUAAAGACUUGGUGCACUUAGUGAUUUUCUUUGCCUUUAUACUGCCACCUAUGGGAGUGGAUGCAGCAUCAUGAAUAAUCAAGGUAGGAUAAUAGAUUCACUUCAUGUAGAAUAAAAUCAUUUUUGUAAGACACUGACUGACUCAUUCUUCAGGGGUCAUUUUUGACUGAGUGCACCUUUUAUGGAUUGACAUUAUUUGUUAGGUGUGUGUAAAUUGUUUUUGAAUAAAUUUAUUUGAAUAGCUGAACUUACAAAUAAUUCAGAGAAGUACAUUUUAGACUUUCUCUAGAGAACUGACAUCCAGCAUGUCAACUGUGGAUGAAUUAAAUUUUCAGUUUAGAUGUUGUAGUGGUUUUUGGAAUAUAACUGUGCAGACAAGUCAUUCAUAAACAAUAUUUUUUUUUCUGUGCCUUUCUGUGUAAACUCUGAAAAACAACUUUUGCAGUCUAACCUUGGUGAUGAAACGUCACCAUUCAGUUGUAGUAUUUUUAAAUAAACAUAUUAACUCAA